AUGAGCGAGGAAGGUGGAGGAAUCAAGAAGAGAGUCAUCAUCAUUGGCGUCGCUACCAUCUUCCUUGUUGCUAUGGUCGUUGCCAUCGCAUUUAGCGUCAACCUUACGGACGGUUCCGAUGCCGAAGAAGCUGAGAACCACAUUGUUGCCUCUGUGAAAGCGGUGAAAACCAUCUGUAAACCCACAGAUUACCGGAAAGAAUGUGAGACAAGCCUGAGACAAGAGGCUGGGAACACCACAGACUUCAGAGAACUCAUUAAAAUUGCAUUCAAUGUAACCAUGAAGAAAAUGAGUAAAGGACUCAGAAAAACAGAUCUCUUGCGAGAGGUUGAGACUGACCCCAGAGCCAAGAUGGCACUUUCAACAUGCAAGCAACUCAUGGAUCUUUCCAUCGGGGAAUUCAAGAGAUCAAUUGAUAAAAUGGGCAAGUUUAAUCUCGACAAUCUCCACAACAUCCUGAGUAGUUUAAGCGUUUGGCUUAGCGGUACCAUCACUUACCAAGAGACUUGUUUGGAUGGCUUCAAGAACACCACCACCGGAGCAGGGAAGAAGAUGAGGGACAUUUUGACCAGUACCAUGCACAUGAGCAGCAAUGCCCUGGCCAUCAUCGAGGAACUUGCAAAUACUGUCUUGGAUAUGGAUGGAAUGGCAAGUGGGGAUCGCCAGCUUGGCGAGAAUGAUCAACAUGUUUUCAGUAACGGUGAGGCUAUUCCCUCGUGGGUUGCUGCUGCUGACGAUGAUGAUUGUGAUGAUGGUGGUGUUGGUGUUCGCAGACUCCUUCAUGGAAGUUCCCACAAACUCAAGGCUAAUGCGGUUGUGGCCAAAGAUGGUAGUGAAAAGUUCAAAAGCAUCAAUCAGGCACUGAAGAUGGUGCCUAAGAAGAACAAAAAGCCAUUCGUGAUUCAUAUUAAGGAGGGUGUUUAUCAUGAGUAUGUUGAAGUCACUAAAACAAUGACUCGUGUGGUGAUGGUGGGUGAUGGUGGGAACAAGACACGAAUCACUGGCAACAAAAACUCUUUAGAUGGAACCACUACUUACAGAACCGCCACAGUUGGGUUUGAGAAUUCUGCUGGCCCCGACAAACAUGAAGCAGUAGCCUUAAGGGUCCAAGCAGACAAGGCCAUUUUCUACAGAUGUUCAAUGGAUGGGUACCAGGACACACUGUACGUUCAUACCAUGCGUCAGUUUUUUCGGGAUUGCACCAUUUCAGGCACUACAGACUUUGUCUUCGGUGAUGCAGUCACUGUUUUUCAGAACUGCACUUUCGUGGUGAGAAAGCCAUUGAAAGACCAACAAUUAAUUGUGACAGCACAAGGUAGAAAGGAGAGGCACCAACCAUCAGGAAUAGUGAUCCAAGGAAGCUCUAUUGUGGCUAAUCAUACAGUGAAGUUAGAGAAGAAGGCUUACCUAGCUCGUCCAUGGAAGAGUUACUCGAGGACCAUCUUCCUGAACAAUUACAUGGAGGAUUUGAUUCAACCUGAAGGGUAUACACCAUGGCAAGGACUACGGGGUCCUUCAGGUAUGAACAAUUGUUUCUAUGCUGAGUACAAUAACAAGGGUCCUGGUUCAAACAAAUCCGAGCGUGUAAAAUGGCGUGGGAUCAAGGAACUCACUUCAGAAUCCGCAAGCAGUUACUCACCGUCCAUAUUUUUUCAUGGAGAUGAUUGGAUUAAAAUUACUAGGAUUCCUUACUACUCAACCACCGUCCCCAGGCAUUAA